UUGAUGAAAUCACAGCCGCAGCCAUAGCAGCCGGUGGCGUAAACAAAAAGCGCAGUGAGCGUUUUAACGAAGCGCUAGCUGGGAAAGUCGCAAUGAAGUUUACUAAAUAGUGCGACAUACAUUUUUUUUUUUAAAAAAGCUCCUUUUGCUUUUGAUAUAUAUAUUAUAUAUAUAUAUAUUUAUACGAUAUAAGAACGUUGCUAACAUUUUACGAAUCAGCUCGCUAGCAAAGGUUAGCUUUAAAAGUCGACUGACGCUAUGUUAGCAUUGUGUUUAAUUAACCGAAUAUUAUGGGAUGUAGCUAGUUAGCUGACAAGGACUUAACGGCGUUAAUGGUGAAGAAAGUAAAGCAGCUAGGUAAAGAUUCUGUGGUUUUAAAAUGAGCUCUAGCUGGCUGGUUAAUUCGCUAUAAAGGGAACUGCUGAGAAUGUCAACGCUGUUUAUCUCAGCUAGUUAACCCUUAGGUUUAACAGGUUAACUGUAAGAGAGCUGAGGUUUCCAGGUCCCAUGUGUUUGGACUGUGAUGUUCAGUCUGAUGGCGAACUGCUGCAGCUGGCUGAAACGGUGGAGAGAGCCUGCCAGGAAGGUGACGCUGGUGAUGGUGGGACUGGACAAUGCUGGGAAAACCGCCACAGUACGGGGCAUCCAGGGAGAGAGUCCUCUAGACGUGGCCCCAACGGUGGGCUUCUCCAAAGUGGACCUAAAGCAGGGCAAGUUCGAGGUCACGAUAUUUGACCUCGGCGGCGGGAAGCGGAUCCGGGGCAUCUGGAAGAACUACUACUCCGAGUCGUAUGGCGUGGUGUUCGUGGUGGACUCGAGCGACGUCCAGAGGAUCCAUGAGACCAGAGACACCAUGGCGGAAGUGCUGCGGCACCCUCGCAUCGCCGGAAAGCCCGUGCUAGUGCUGGCCAACAAGCAGGACCGAGACGGAGCGAUGGCUGAAGCGGACAUCAUUGAGAACCUGUCACUUGAAAAGCUUGUCAAUGAGAACAAGUGUCUGUGUCAGAUUGAACCGUGCUCGGCAGUCCUGGGCUACGGUAAGAAGAUCGACAAGUCCAUCAAGAACGGCCUGAACUGGCUCCUGAACAACAUCGCCAAAGACUACGAGGCGAUUACGGAGCGCGUUCAGAGGGACACGGCCGAGCAGCGUGUACAAGAGGACCAGGAUAAGAAGGAGAGAGCGGAGCGAGUGAAACGGAUUCGAGAGGAGAGAGACAGACAAGAGCGUGAAGAGGCGGAGAAAGCAGGCAGGGAAAUAAAGGAGGAGGAGUCUGAGGACGCCGAUAUGUCCAACCCAUUCCAACCAAUAAACCAUAUUGUUGCGGAGAAUGAAAACAAGUCGAAACAAGAAACGGAGAUGAAAAAGCAGGGAGAAGAGGUCGUGCAGGACGGCAAAGAAGAAGAAGAGGAGGAGGAGGAAGAGGAAGAGAGUGAAAGACAGACUCCAGAGAGCCCAGAAUCAGGUCCAACAGACCAGACCAAAAAGAAGAUGAAGAAAAUACGGCUCAAGCGGAAAAACAGAGUCGACCCUCUCGUAACGGACGACGCAGCCAAGAGCCCGACUCCACCACCCGCACCAGUUGGAUGGGCUACUCCCAAAGUUUCUAGACUCCCCAAGCUCGAACCUCUUGGAGAUUCAAGGCGUUCUGAUUUCUAUGGCAGGCCCCUCCCACCUGUAGCAAUUAGACAGAGACCAAAUGGUGAAACCCAUGAUGUCAUUUCCUAGCACCUUCUCCUCUUUCCCCUCGUAUACGGUUAGAGAUGCCUCGUUUCCACCAAUCACGGCCUUUUGUUUUAUUUCUCUCAUCUCCAAGCCCACGCCGUGUAAAUACGCAACAAUCACCAGCCACUGUCGGCGAGAGGAACCAAUCAGCUUGCUCAGAGGGAUCAUGUGACCAGCCAAGGAUUGGGAAUUCCACAGAGACUCAUGGUUUAUUUGAAACUUUCAGCAGUGACCGAAUUCGGAUCUACAAAAGUAGACAAUUUAUUUUUUCCACCAAAAGAAGAAGCGUUAAUCUCCAACGAUAAGAUUAUAACGUUCAUCGAAUUGUCUGUGUAUAAAUCUUUAUUUUUAGACUGAAUCACAUAUAACUGUGAAAUCUGUGUUUUUCUGAGACAGGAGAUAUUAGUAUAUAUUAAAUAACACUACAACUGUGCUGAACAGAACUUGCUCCCGCUCGUGCACACGCUCGUUAUCAAGCUGUUGGGAUUAAAAACACCGUGAAGGUUUGUGCAUCAGCAUGUGAUGAUGAAAGGUACUGGUAUUUGAUGUCGUUUCCAACCUGCUGGGGUUCCAGAUGUUCUGAAAGUGAACACUUUUUUUUAUUUUUUAUCAGGAUUUUGCUGGUGUACAUGCCCACCACAACUUCCAGAAUCUCACCAGCAGCUAACAACAAAACAUUGUUAAAGGAAAAAUUCACCUUGAACGUCUUUACUAUGAACAUGUGAUCAACAGCAUCCAAGAUUUAUUUUCUGAGGAAAUUCUGAGUUUUAAGUUUAAACAUCUCGUAUCAACAUGUCGGUCUAUUUUUCCUAUGUUACCCACAGUGUGACUUCCCGCUGAUCAUUGCAACAGCCCUGGCUUCAUCUCUACCUAAAGAGAGUGAUGCAGCUGCGCUUUAGUCCUUUAGUCUGUCCAGUUCACUCACCUCCUCAUCUGUACACUCUUUAAACAGACCGGCUUCCAAAGCUCUUAGGCCGAUACCACCGUCAACGCCAUCACGCUCGUCAUCUCGGAGAUCUCUAGCCGAGCCGAGUCUCUGACGUAGCUUCGUAUCGUAUAGCUGCAUUGCAUUCUGGGGCUUUUUUUUUUUAGGCCAGGCUCUUGCACCGACGUCUCCACUACUUCUGCGCUGAAUUUCUCGUUAAUAAAUAUUACGCACUACAGAAACGGUGAGUGAGGAAAAGAAGCUGAAGGUUAUCCGUUUUGUUUGAAAUUAGUUCUUCAAGCAUAACUUCUCACAGAAAGAAUGAAAAUACAGAACCAACCAACGAAUAAGCACCUCGCAGAUAUUUAACGUGUUUCAGGGUGGAGUUUUCCUUUAAAGUGAAUAUUUUCCCGAUGGGAGAAACAGCAGAAUUCUUUAACCAGUGCGUCGAGAAGCAUUUCACUUUCACUGGUUUAUGGGCACUUCAUGUAUUUCUGUUGCUAAGCCGAAGCAUGUACGGACUACGGCGUAGUGCUUUGUUUGAAAAGGGCAGUGUUCGUUUUUUUAUUUUUAGUUUUAGUUUUUUUUAAAAAAUUGUAACAGUUGAGACUGUUACAGAUUAAAUCUAUUGUUGACAUCAUGUUUUGCAGAAACACAUUACCCAGACCAUGAAAUGCUAAAUUAAGCUGGAACAUUUCACACACACUACAUUCGAAUUUCACUUUUAGAGGUAUAUUCAUUUUAUCAUACAGUGUCCUCAACUAAUAUUGGCACCCUUGUUAAACAUGGGAUCCAGCGUGGACCUCGGAAUGUGAAGGAUCUGGAGAGAUUCUGUACGGAGGAACGCUCUCAGAUCCCUCGCCAUGUAUAUUCUCCAACCUCAUCAGGCGUUAUAGGAGAAGACUCAGAGCUGUUAUCUUAGCACAAAGUAUUGACUAAAACGGUGUCAAUAAUUGUUGCACACCUAUAUUUAACAAAGAGAAUUUUUUUUUGGAUAAACCUGUGUUUGUGCAGUUGUUUGAUAUCCAUGAGAGCAGAGUAAUUUUUUUUCGAAAGGUUAAACAAUAGACAGUUUUUCACAGAUUUCUUUGCUCAUAUUUACCAAGGGUGCCAAUAUUAGUGGAAGGCACUGUGGGUAUGUACUGUAAAUGGCAUAGGUAGGUUAUUUAUUUAGGGGUGUUUUUUCUUUGUUUGUUUGUUUUUAACCCUGUGUUUCCCAUCAUGUAUUUAACAUUUUAUAUUUGACACCCCUGAUUGAAUGUGUCUUUAUGUAUUUCAUUUCAAAUACGUAACACCUUUUCUUUUUCUCUAAUAUCACAUUCUCAUACCUUUCUUUUCUUUUUUUUUUUUGUUACAUGCACUUUUUAUCCAUGUGGUUUUAAUAUGAAUGCAAUUAAAUGCAUAAAUAUUUUUAUUCA